CGCUUGACAUUUGUUUUUUCGAGGAUUUUGUUAAGUUGGACAGUCGACAAUAAUAACUGAUUGGUUGGUAUUGGAUUGUAUUGUAUUGUAUAUAUUGUAAGCCGUGCGAGUGAGUGAGGAAGUUAUCAUCGGGUACAACAGGAUGCCGUGGUACUGGCGCUUGUGGGGCGCUCUGUUGUGCGCGUACGCCGUGCUAGCGCAGCGUGACAACGAGGGACUGCUCCCGCGCGGCUCGCGCGUGCGCGUGAGCGAGCCGCCCAAGAGCGACGAGCCAAGCUGCGACCAGCUCAAGGCCAUGUGGAGAUUUUCGAAGCGGCAAGCGCGGGCGCCGGAGAUCAUGAACGAAGUCAAUUCGUACCGCGACCCGCUCAUGUACAACGAGUGGCCCGCAUACACAGCUCUCCCAAGGGCGGCGCCGAGGUUCAGAUACCAGUACCCGUCAGUGCCCCGUGAGGCGUUCGGCCGAGUUGUCACCAAAGCGCCGCCGAACGUCGUCCGCACGCCCGACUACGAUGAGAUGUUCGGGAUGCUCAACGUGCCACACACCUCAGGGAAGAUCCUGCGGUACCCGGGCCCGUCGCGGCCCCGGGGACCCACAUUCAUGGUACCACCGCAGAGAGAUAGGUUCGAGGCCCUGAAGAAGCUGAUCAGACAAGAGCACGUGCGCGAGCUGCAGAGGAAAUACGAGACGGAACAGAAACAGAGGGAGCUGGCUACGGGGCGCAGCAGCAAUGACGAGUACCCGUACUAUUACGGCGAGCAGGAGCAACGCGGACUGCAGAAUCUGCAGGCGGAGUACGGAGACGAUCCCAGCACCAGGCACAACAAGAAACCGCAAGCCGGCAGCCGCCAGGUGUCGCAGUUCUCGCGCUACUCGGACGUGAUGCUGCCCCCCGCGCGCCGCUCCUACCACCCCUACGUGCCCCUGGACUAUGUGCCCCUUCCCUACGCGUACUGAACUUCUAGCACGCUCUAGAACUCCACAUUCCACGGGGGCUCCCCGCAACGUACAACACUCGGGCUUUAACUCUUUCCCAUAUCAGGAGCAUAUCUUCGCCGCUUCGCGAGCUUGUCUAGCUAACCCGCAAUAUUUUUAUAUUUAUAAAUACCGUUGCGAUGUAGA